AUGUUUUGUUUCGACAAAACCAGUGUCGAUAGUGCUGAAGAGCAAACUACCAACUUACCAUCAAAUAUUUCCAAUAGUCAUUCUCGAAAAGCAAUGAGCAAUCCAAAUAGUAUUGAAGAUAGUAUUCCAAACAAAUCUCAACGAGAAUUGGGUAUCAUUGAGAAAUUGUGUUCAACUUAUGGCUUUGUCUAUUGUUGUCAUCGUGAUGGUCGUUACUUUUUCCACUUCAGUGAAUAUAAAAACGAUAUUCAACAAGCAAAGAUCGGAGAUGUGGUCGAAUUCGAAACAACGAUUGAUAAACGAAAGCAAAAGCCUGUUGCUGUGAAUAUAACACCGGCUAGUCCUGAGAUUGUUGGUGAAAAUCGUGUUGAAGGAGCGAUCGCUGUUGUCGCUCGUCAACCACUGAAUAAUGGCUUUGAUCAUUUGAAUUAUAUGCCUGAUGGGAAAGUAACAUAUGUGAAGAAAGGCGAAACUUACUUUUUACCAUAUGGCAUAUCCGAUCUUCAAGAUUCAUCGAAAGCAGUUCAAGUUGGAGAUCAAGUGACAUUCAAUGUGAGCCAAGAUCGUCGUACGAAUCAAUUUUUUGCGAGGAACAUCGUUGUUACUCAGAGAGGUCCGCCAGUAGUAUCAACAGCAAAACGUUUCCGUGGUGUGAUAUCAACUAUGAAAGAUAGUUUUGGUUUCAUCGAACGAGAAGAUGCACUGAAAGAAAUCUUUUUCCAUAUAACGGAGUUCGGAAAUAACAUUGCUCCAAAUACAAUUCAACCAGGUGUGGAAGUGGAAUUCGACAUUCAAAACAGACUCAAUAAAGAUUUAGCGAGUAAUAUUACUAUUCUACCGAAAGGCACAGUGCAGUUUGAUGAGAUUGAUACGGCGCUGCACAUUGGUCGAAUAACACAACCAUUACAAAUGAAAACGAAGAAAUCUAGUGAUAUACUAUCUGGUCGAUUACUUUACGAUGCACCAGAUAAGAAAAUGAGUGAAUUGCCAUUUGGUGAACGCGAUCGCUGUGGUUUAUAUACUUUACUCGAAAACGAUAUUGUUCAAUUUGUCAUUGCAAGAGAUAAACGCGACGGUAUGACACGUGCAACACAAAUAUCGCUACUCGAUCAAAGUUUUCUCAAAACAAAGGAACAUCGAGAAGUGGGUACUGUUUUGCAAUUAGUCGAUAAUAAAUCAGGUUACAUCAAAUGCAUCACAUCGGAUCAAGUCGUUCCGUUCCGAUUCAGUGAAGUUAUGAAAGAUGAUUUUCAAAUUAUUGAGGGUGGUCCAUUGGAGUUCUCUCUAGCGCUCAAUCCACACAAUGGCGAUAUUCCGCACGCCAUACGUAUUAAAUUGUUAACUAAAGAUAAUUUUCGAUCGAUGAUCAACGAUCAUGAAUUUCGCGUCAUAGGAGUUGUUGAGCGAGACGCCCAAGAAAAUCAUACAAGCUCGGACAACAAAUCGCAACAAGCCAAUGGGAAUGAUUCAAUAACUAUUCCAUCAAGUCGGCAACAUGAGCCAGGUGUAAUUCGUUAUUUAUGGGAUGACAAAGAAGCUACUAUUCAAUUUUCAACAACGAAUAUCAGUGGUACGACAGCUCUAUUUUGUGGCGAUAAAGUUGAAUUUACUUUGACACUUGGAAAUAAAUUCGCUACGGAUGUGACAUUGCUUGAACGAAAUCGUCUUCGUGGCUGGAUCGCAAUUAUUCGUGACGGUAAAGGCUUUAUUGAAGAGGCCAAUGUGUCCGGCAAUAUCGAACCAAUUUUAUUCACAAUUAAUUCAUUUACCGGUGAUAAUAUUCAAAUCGAAUUAGGAGAUGAAUUAGAAUUCAGUGUACGAAAAGUUUCGAAUCGUCCCGUCGCUGAAAAUAUUCUUAAAGUAUCUUCAACACUAAGCACUCUCUACUCUGUUCUACCAAGUACUCAUCGUGGUCGUGUAGUGUCACCUGUGCGCUUGAUCACAAUUGACGAAUGUGAAAUCCUUGGACGAAUUCAGAAAAUAACAGAUGAUGGCACACCAGGUGAAUGCUAUACAUAUAGUAUAACAGGUGUGAAAAACAAACGCGUGAUUCUACUACCAAAUGAUGCAGUGACAUUUUCCGUUGCUGUUGGACGCGAUUAUUCCAAACGUGCAGUGAACAUUGUUUUGGAAAAUGAAACACGAAAAGGAAAGAUCGAUACAGUCAAAGGACAAUUUGGUUUUAUCGAUUUUCCAUGCGAAGAAAACAAGAAGAUAUUUUUUCAUAACUCAGAAGUCGACGGUGGCUUUGAACUGCGAACCGGUGAUGAAGUCGAAUUUUAUGCCCAAUACAAUGUGAAAACGUACAAACCAUGUGCAAGUAGAUUACGUCGAGUUAAUAACCUUCAACGGCCUGAUCGAUUGAUUACAAAACUUAAAACGAUCAAUUUCGACGAAAAUACUCGUCAGAAAUUAAUUAUUGUUCGACAACCACGAAAUGCAGAUGAAAAAUCAAAAGGUUUUACCAAUGCGCGUGUUGAGCGUACACCCGGAGUCUUAAUAAAAUCAUAA